AUGGCGACUUUGUCAAUCAACGGCCUUCAAUCUUCACUUGGGAGGCUGAGCCUCGAAAAGCCUCUUCCCUCCUUUCCGGUUGCCGAUGUGUUAGUGCGCCCGUUAGAUAUCUGGCGUUCCUACUUAGCCACUAUCGUGGCGGAGGUGGCAGACUGCGAACCAGCUGUUGCAUAUGAAGCGAUUCAGUCUACGGCUGCCAUUUCGAUGGGCGAUCUAGCCAUCAUUCUGCCUCGUCUCAAGAUCAAAGCGAACGCUGAGGCCGCAGCUGCACUGCUAGACAAGUUUCCGAAGUCACCUCUAUACACCUUUCCAUUCGUCGACGGGGUUCACAUCCGCAUCUUUUCCUCGCCGUUCUUCCUUCCCAGACUUCUCAUCCCCUUCAUAGCCGACCGCAAAGAAUUGUAUGGAAGCGAUGAAGUUUUUGGUUUGAGGGAUGUGGCAUCACCCGAGUCUGGACGCAAAAAGGUCAUCGUCGAGUUCUCGUCGCCCAACAUUGCACAAGAGUUUGAAGGCAGGCACCUACGUAGCACAAUCAACGGUGCUGCUAUCGCCAACCUACAUGAGCGGAUGGGAUGGGAGGUUGGUCGAUUGAACUUUUUGGGCGACUGGGGCAAGAACAUCGCUCUUCUCGCCGUCGGCUGGAACAAGUUCGGCUCGGAGGAAGCCUUUGCCAAAGAUCCCAUUCGUCACUUACUCGAUGUACACAACCAGAUCAACGAGCUGUUUAAGCCUGAGCAAGAGGCAAGCGCAAAGGCAAAGGAGGAAGGAAAGAAUACAGCCGAGAUUGAGUCACAGGGCAUUUACGCUGAACGUGAUGCGUUCUCCAAGAAAUGGGAGGAAGGGGAUGCCGAUGCAUUAGCCCUGACCACCAGGUUCCGCGACGUUUAUGUCGAAGAUUACACCAAAGCCUAUGCUCGUCUCGGCAUCAAGUUUGAUGAGUAUGCCGGAGAGUCACAGUUCACGCCAGAGUCAAUUGCGGAAGUUGAGACAGUCCUCAAGGAGAAGGGGAUAUCCGAGGAGAGCGAUGGUUCGUGGCUCAUCGACUUCAAGAAGCACGGGGCGAAAGGUCUCGGCACUGGUAUGAUCCGCAACCGUACUGGCACGACCAUGUACUUCUCCCGCGACCUAGCCGCGGUACUUGAUCGUGAGAAGAAGUUUGCGUUCGACAAGAUGAUUUACGUCGUCGCUUCGGAGCAGGACUCCCAUUUCCGCUGCGUGAUCAAAGCACUCGAGCUAAUGGGGAGAGAAGAUCUCGCCAAGAAGAUUCAACACGUCAACUUUGGCAAGGUUCAGGGCCUGUCGUCCCAACUCGGCAACGCGCACUUGUUGGGAGACAUGCUGAACCAAUGCGCCAACGCAGUGAGAGACGCCAUGGCGACGGAGGAGAAUGCUGGGGCCCCUCUUGCCGCCGCGGAGCCUUUCGGCAUCACAUCGCUUCUUGCUCAAGACAUGCACACCAAGCGCAGCAACGGGUACGCGUUCGAUAGUAAGAAGAUGACUGAGUUCGAAAGCGAGACUGGCGCCCAUCUUCAACUUCUUUACACCCGACUUUGUUUGACCAUCAAGGAGCUUGGCGCUGACCUGACUGCGCUCGGAGAGAUCGACUACGCGCAUUUAGAAGAGGAAGAGUACACGAAUCUCCUGAGACUCAUGGCACAGUACCCUGAUGUCAUCAACGCUGCGUACAAAACCCUCGAGCCCUCGGCUGUGUUGACGUUCUUGUAUCGGCUGGCCGAACAGUUGUUGGUAUGUCUCGAUGACGAUGAAGGCGAGGGUGAAGACGAAGAGGAGGAGACUGCCGAUGACCCGGCGCUUGACCUUGCACGAGCGGUGCUGUAUGAGAAUGCCAGACAAGUCUUUGAGAAUGGUAUGAAGGUCCUCGGUAUCAGCCCUCUGUCUUCCUGA